UCACAACUCUGACCCCUCACCACUGACUUUGCCCAUAUAUUUCAUUUCAUAGUGUCACUUUUAUAUCACCAUUCCCACUAGCUACUAAUUAAGAUAGAUAUCCCAAUGGCUCUUGAUCGUAAUCAAUGGCAGAAAUAUUUGUUGCUUUUGUUACUUGUUUUAUUUUCUAGCUCUUUUGUGAUUGUUAGCUCAGAUGGGACUUCUGCUGAUUUUCUCCAGCCAGAAUGUUUGAAAGUGGCCAACUCCGAGUUUACCAGCUCUAUCAAGGAUUUAAUAGACAUUAUUAGACAGGUCGCUUCUACUCUCUCCCAGUUCGCCAGCUUCUUCGGCGAUUUUCGCCUUUCUAACGCCGUCUCCGAUUGCCUUGAUCUGCUUGACUCCUCCUGUAGUAUAUUUUCUCAUGCAUUUUUUUUUUAUUUUGUCUCGACAGGUAAACACAACAGUACGGGAAAUCUAAGCGGUGAUCUAAGGACAUGGCUAAGCGCUGCGCUGAUUAACCAAGACACGUGCAAUGACGGAUUUGAAGGCACCAACAGCAUAGUCAAGGGACUAGUCACCGGUGGGCUUAACCAAAUCACCUCCCUGGUCAAGGAUCUCCUGACCCAAGUGAACCCAACUUCUGCGCUUUCAAAGACCAAUCGCAAGGCCCAGUUUCCGUCAUGGGUCAAGCCCAAGGCCAGGAAGCUUCUGGAAGGAAAUAGGGUUUCUGCGGACGUUGUUGUGGCCCAAGAUGGGAGUGGGAACUUCACAAAGGUGAUGGACGCGGUGUUGGCAGCACCAGAGUAUAGCAUGAGAAGGUUUGUGAUAUAUAUAAAGAGAGGGGUUUACUAUGAAAAUGUGGAGAUCAAGAAGAAGAGAUGGAAUAUUAUGAUGGUUGGUGAUGGUUUGGAUGCCACAAUUAUCUCCGGCAACCGGAGCUUCGUCGACGGUUGGACCACAUUUCGGACUGCAACUUUUGCCGUGAGCGGGCGAGGUUUCAUAGCCCGGGACCUAACGAUCGAGAACACGGCGGGGCCGGAGAAGCACCAGGCGGUGGCGCUCCGCUCCGACUCCGACCUCUCCGUCUUCUUCCGCUGCCGCUUCCGGGCCUACCAGGACACCCUCUACACCCACACCAUGCGCCAGUUCUUCCGCGAGUGCCAGAUCAGUGGCACCGUCGACUUCAUCUUCGGCGACGCCACCGCCAUCUUCCAGAACUGCCAGAUCCUCGCCCGCAAGGGCCUCCCCAACCAGAAGAACACCAUCACGGCCCAGGGCCGCAAGGACCCCAACGAGCCCACCGGCUUCUCCCUCCAGUUCUGCAACAUCUCCGCCGACGCCGACCUCCGCGCCGCCGGCGUUAACUCCACGCAGACGUACCUCGGGCGGCCGUGGAAGCUCUACUCCCGGACGGUCGUUUUCCAGUCGUACAUCACUGACGCCGUUCGGCCCGAGGGGUGGCUGGAGUGGAACGGCGAUUUUGCGCUUGAUUCGUUGUUUUACGGCGAGUUUAUGAAUUAUGGGCCUGGAUCGGGCCUCGGGAAACGGGUCAAGUGGCCCGGUUACCACGCGUUCAAUGAGUCCAGUCAGGUUAAUAACUACACGGUGGCUCAAUUCAUUGAAGGGAAUCUGUGGUUGCCUUCUACUGGUGUUAGAUACACCGCAGGGUUUGAGACGGAUAAACUCAAGGCUCUUAGGUGUUAG